UGUUUAGGAGAAUGCAGCAACACUGUUUUGCUCCAGAAAGCUCCAGAAAUAUUUUGUGGACUACAAAACUUCAUCCGACUUUCAAUCAGCAUGAUAUGGAUUGAGUGAGAAGAUACCAACUGAAACUUAAUUUGGGGGUGAACUUUUUGAGUUUAUGAAAACACUCAAGUGUUUAAAACACGUUUAUAAACUCUUGGAAAAAAUGAGUAUCCUGAGAUUUCUUCUUACACCCUUCUCAUGGAGAGAUUGAAUUCAUUUUCUCACAUUUUCUCACAUCCUGACUUAGUAUGCUCUUACUUUGCUCCUCAAUUUUUUUUCUCCUUUUAAUAUAUUCUAUUAAAAGAAAACAUCUUUAAUCUUUUACUUAACUUCAAAUUUAAUAUAAUGCUUUUGCUUGCUUGUCUGGUUCCUCUUUGGUUGUUGUUAGCAGGUGAAGAGGAAUAUAUAAACAUUUAAUUUUCUGAUAUUUAUGUGAGAUGAUUCUUUUUCUCCUCUACCUCCACAGUUGCAGUUUGCUUUGUGUCCAGCAGAGGGCAACCAUGUCAAACAUCAACGCCACUGAGCUGCAGUCGCUCCUGCUCUCCUUCCUGCAGCACUGCCUCAACAGCACAAGUAUACUGUCUCCACUGACACCCCAGAACUACACCACCCAGCAGGCUGUGCCCCACGUGGCCGGAGCCAGGGCCCAUGCUCAGUCUCAGGGCAUGAUGUACAUCUUGCUGGUGGUUGGCAUGUUCAGCUUCUUCACGUUCGGCAUCAUGCUCAGCUACAUUCGCUCCAAGAAGCUGGAGAGCUCUCAUGACCCGUACCACCAGUACAUCGCCCAAGACUGGACCACGGUGAUGACUCCGUCCAGGGUCGUCACUCAGGCUCUGCACAGGGAGGACGGAGGUAACGGAGCCAGAAGCAAAGAGCCCAUCGUCAUCUGCAACCCUGCGACACUGGAGCAGCUGCCAGACUAGAAUGAGACAUUUCCCAGACUGAAAA